AGACAGAAUCAUGAAUAAACUGCAGGACACCAAGGACCAGAUGAUACCAUGAAGAGAAGUUUACAGGUCCUCUAUUGCCAACUGCUUAGUUUUCUACUGAUCUUGGCACUGACAGAAGAGCUAUUAUUUGCUGUUCAGGGACUGUCUCCCAGCUUAGCAUCAUCUCAGGAUCUCCUGACAAACAAUAUCAGCAUCUCAGCUAUGAGGAUGACUCCUCGGCAGAGAGGGCUUCGCAUGACUGAACCUUCGCCCACAGCCGCUCUUGUGAGCUUCCAUCCCACAAGCUCAAUGAAGACCACCAUUCCUUCCGUUGGCCAGAAGAAGACAACCAGCAGCCCUGUUGGCAACAAGGAACCGUAUCACUUAUACAACCAGAGUGCUGUGACUUCUGGAAAGACUCGACCCAAGGGAAAAAUAUUUCACAUUGUCAAAGGGAACUUCACAGAAUUUACAGAGCCUUAUCUAAAGACAGGACUGCAUUCUCUUUCUCCUACCAUAAGGAGCCAAUCUCCAAAUCACCCAUUUCAGACUCCGCCUACCGCUCACAGAAGCAGAAAUAGCUCUGUGCUGGUAACUACAACAGACUCAAAUGCUUCUUUCUACAGCGAUCUCUUGGAAGGCCUUAAAACAGCAGAGAAGGGGAAUUCAUCGGAAGCGGUGACGCAGGAAACAGAUCUGGCAACCCCGGCAACUGGCCCUUCAACUACUCCUGAAAUGGUGACAGUGCCUUUUAAACCCCCUCGCUACGGCAUAUGGGAUGUUUUAGGUAAAAAUAACUCUUUGGUAAUCUCAAACCAGACUGUAAACCAGGGGCCCUUUUUUACCAGCCCUGGGACUGCAACAGUAGCAUCAGCAUCCAGGCAUGCCGGCACAACAGGCCUCAAUGUGAACGUUUCAUUGCAUACGAGAAGUCCUAAUGGGACAUCCACGACCAUACAUCCCUCUUGGUAUAACGCCAGCUUCCCAAGCAAUGCACUCUCCACAGAGCCCUCCACGUGGCUGCCAACUUCCACUUCGACAGCGACGGGAAAUUUCCUAAACAGACUGGUACCCGCUGGAACCUGGAAACCUGGCAUGCCAGGAAACAUUUCUCAUGUCACAGAGGGGGGCAAGCCCCAACACAGGGCAACCAUUUGUCUCAGCAAAGUGGAUAUAGCGUGGAUCAUUUUGGCCAUCAGCGUCCCCAUUUCAUCGUGCUCUGUCCUGCUAACUGUCUGUUGCAUGCGGAGGAAGAAGAAGACGUCUAACCCAGAAACCAACCUGAGCUACUGGAACAAUGCCAUCACCAUGGACUACUUCAACAGGCAUGCAGUAGAGUUGCCAAGAGAGAUACAGUCCCUUGAAACGUCAGAGGACCACCUGUCUGAACCACGCUCCCCAGCCAAUGGCGAUUACAGAGACACCGGCAUGGUCCUUGUUAACCCCUUCUGUCAAGAAACGCUGUUUGUAGGACACGAGCAAGUGUCUGAAAUAUGACCCUCCCCGUCCGUGUACUAGCAGCCCCAUCUUUAUUGUAUUCAAAUUAUAAAUAUAAAUAUAUAUAUAUAUUAUAAAUAUAGCCUUUGCGUAAUCCUGAAUUAUGGGAAAAAAACAUUUUCAGCUUUUUUUUUGCUUAAGAAUUAUUAACCUCUUUUUUAUAAGUGUGGUUAAAAACUUUACAGACCAAACGUCAGCUUUAUAAA